AUGAUCGCUCCUUGGAGUUGGUCGUACUCAGGAGCACCGAUGCCAGUCGGGUUGCGAGCUUCGACCGCGAAGCUCGGCCCAGCACGCGGCUUCCUCCUCGCAGGUGCGACAGUUCGCGUUCAUGCCUCGACCCGUGGAAAUCGCGCGUUCACCUCGAUGGACCGUACGAGGAGAGAGAACGACACGCACUCCAAGCCGACACUCUAUGGGAACAAGCGGCUAUUGGAGCUCGAUCUGGACUACUUGGAAAGGAGAGGAGGCGAUACAAUAACUUGUGAAAACGCCGAAAGUGGAUCGAAAGAGGAAGAAAGCCCUGCAGACACUCUGGAUCGUGUCAAAGUUGUGUUUCUCGGUGCACCUGGGGUGGGAAAGUCCAGCAUAAUUAGGCAAUUCGUGUGGAGCGAAUUCUGCGAGGAAUACAAACCGACCGAGCGCAGAGAGACUUUCUAUCCGAGCGUGGUACUCGCCGAUCGAUUGUACGAACUAAAAAUCACAGAUCUACCGAUGAUCCCGUAUUUUCCGGUCAGCUCGCACCUCGAAUGGACGGACUUCCGUUAUUACGGACUACGAAGUGCGAACGCUUACGUUCUCGUGUUCGAUCUCAGUAAUCAGGACACGUUUCAGUAUAUUAGGACGUUACGAGAACAAAUCUACGAAGCACGGGAUAUGAGGGGCAUACCGUUAUUGGUAGUCGGGAACAAGCAAGACGAAUUGUCGCCUGCGGCUGCUUCCGGAACUCGCUACAGGGACAUCGUUAAUCUCGUUCGGAAGCACUGGCGAUGCGGCUACGUCGAAUGUAGCGCCAGAUUUAACUGUCGUGUUGUACAGGUAUUCCGUGAACUGAUGAAGAGUAUUCAAGCCGUGGAAGGUAGACCACCUUCUCCCACGCCAGCACCCUCGCAACCUCUACGAUCUCACUCGCACGACACCAGCGAAAAAUGUAUUCUUCUCUGACAUUGAAGCCAGAAAAUCAACGUGCUCGAUUUCUGCGACCACAUCAUCAAAAGAAGUUGCUUCUAUCUAUACCAUGACACAGGGUCGUAGUUAACUCGAAGCGGAUACGAAAAACAAACGUUGUGAAAAGAUCCUCCAUGCAAAAGCUCAAUUGCACGAAGAAUCCCAAAUUAUUCUCAAUAUCCCUCUAGUCGAGUUGUAAUCCGAAACAGGAAUCCACUCAGGAGCCUUUUGUGGUUCAUUAAUCGACAAUGCAGAAUGCAGUAUUGUGAUUGUUGGAGACAUCGAGAUUUUUCAUGGAAAGCAUAGCCACCUUUUGCGCAUAAAUGACAAAUAUUCUAAAUUUAGUACAGUUUUCUUGUGUCUUUCGUAAAUUUAAUGCUGUAAGUACAAACUGAAGCGAGUAAGGAAUAAUUUCACUGUUAUUUUUUUAACAAUUUUAAAGUUGUAAUGAUCGUUCGAUCGCUUUUCGUGAAAGAUCUCUCAAAGCUCAUGAAUUAUCAGUAUUACGAGAGUAUGAAGUUAGUAACGAAGGAAAUACCGAAUAUACUUUACGAAUCGAAGAACCUUAAUAUCUUGUCUGUGAAUAUUCCCACCGAAACUGCUCAUCGUGUAACUUUAACACUGAAAAAUAAUGCAAUCAUGUUGUACAACUGCACUUUCGCGUCGAGAUCGACGGAAAGAUUGCAAAUACGUAUGUAUGUACGUAACCGACUGCCGAAUCCCUCUAUGUACAAUUUCAUUUCUACGAUUUACUUUAUAAUUCGCUCUGUAAAUAUAUCAUGAAUUUCUUCUAUUCUGUACAAACAAAGUUUAUAAAUGAAUUUAUCUCACUUUUUCAAAUUCCUACAUAAGAUUUCAAAUAGUUUAACAUGCGUAAUUAUAUAAAAUUGAAAUACUACUUUCAUUUUUAGAAAUUCUUCAUUAAGAAUAUAUGUACCAGAGAUAAAUUUAUUUAUAGAUUAGAAUUGGUUAUUCUAUAUACACCUCUAAAACCCAUAUUUUGAUGAAAAAUUAAGAGAUCUAUUGUAAUUGCAAACGCAAUAAAGUUCGCUCUAUUUUUCUGUGAUAUGUUUUAUUGUAUAGUUCGUUGCUCUAUUAUUAUAUUGAACCUCGAGUAUACGAAAUUAAUAUUUUUAGUUCACUUUCCAAUAAUGCAUUCGGCCUAAUAAUAAUAAUAGUAAUAAUAAUAAUAAUAAUAAUAAUAAUAAUAACAAUAAUAGUAAUAAUAAUAAUAUUAAUAUUAAUAAUAAAAAUGAUGAUAAUAGCGAAGAAAUAAAUGUAAUAAUAGCGUGUUAUUGAGAGUUACCUCAAAUCAAGCAAUAGUGUAUACAAUAUACAUAUAUUUUACUAUACUGUUAAGGAAUUAAUCACUAGCCGUAAGCGUAGCUAUUCAUAUUGUGAAAUACCGUACAUCUAUACGUAUGCAGAUCUCUGAAAAGUACGUGUUAUCUGUUGUUGUCGUUUGUACGUAUUUUAACGUAAGAACAUAAUAUUAUUGGCUCAACAAUUAAGCGAUUGAUAAGGAAACCGAUUCUCCCGUUUAACAGAGUUCCACGCUCGUUGUACGAUCGUUUAUGAAUAUUUUAUGAUAAUUGCCAAAAUCGGAAACGAUACACGAACAAUCGAUUGUUAUUUAAUUUCCACGAUCAAUUUGUUGUCCAGUAUACGCGUAGGCCACGCAGAAUGAAUAUACGUAAAUGUUGAAUAUAUCGAAUAGAGCGACAUACAAACCGUGCAUUACAUAACAUACAAACAUGUGUUCGUUGGUAAAAAAAAAAUCUUUGUAUCGAAAUAGUGAUUCUAAACAAGGUA